CUGAGGUCCUAUGACCCUUUUUGGAAAAAGGGGCUAGAGUGGGACUGUACGUCCUGGUUAAUGUGUAACACUCAAAGCACACUUGCACUUUGUUUCCCCAAAUAAGAAGAAUUCGACACAAUGUUACCCAAGAUGGACGGUGGUGCACCCAAACCUUCCCAGUCUCAAAUAGCGGUGGCCCGCAAAAUGAAGCUGGGAUUUGCCUUUGUGCUAAUGUGCUUCCUCGCUCCUGGGCAGCCAUUUCCCCACACAAGCAUUCACAAUCUCUCCCUCAAAAAUAUGGACUUUGCUAUGAACCUUUACCGCAAAAUAUCCAGUUACCACGACGAGAAUAUCGUCUUCUCCCCUCUGAGUGUUUCCACCAGUUUUGCCGCCCUCUCCCUGGCUUCUCAUGGCGUGACGUACGAGGAGAUUCUGAAAGGACUCAGCCUGGAGAAGCUGGCUCAAGCAGACCAGCCUGAUCUGAUCCCCAAGCUGUUCCAGAUGCUCCAUGGGAACAUCACUCAGAAUGGAACGAUGAUAGUGGAUCAAGGCAUGUCCCUCUUCAUCCGCCAGCAUUUUAGCAUAGAGAAAACCUUUGAGGAGCAGAUGAAGUCCUACUUUUAUACAGACGUGAAAAGAGUAGACUUUGAAGACACACAGGCAAGUAUCAGUCUCAUUAAUGAGUACAUUAAAGACAAGACUGGGGGCAAAGUGACAGAAAUGAUCUCCAGCCUUGAUCCACUGACCCAACUCAUGAUGAUCAACACAUUUUAUUUCCAAGGAGGGUGGGAAAUGCCUUUCAAUCCCAACCACACACACAACGCACCUUUUUACAUUGAUAACUACAAUAUUCCGCAAGUGCCAAUGAUGUUCAUAGAGGACAAGUUUGAAAUGAUGGAAGAUGCUCAACUCGGUGCCAAAGUGCUGAAACUGCCCUACUUGGAGGGUGUUUCCAUGCUCAUCCUGCUACCAAACAAAGGAGUGGACUAUAGUUCAAUUGAAGAUGAGCUCACUGCAAAGGUGUUCCUAGGUUGGAUCAAAAAACUGAAAAAAAUUAAACUGGAAAUCAACAUCCCCAAAUUCAAGAUGGAGCAGUCGUACUCUUUGAACAACAUUCUCCCAGAGUUAGGUUUCAACAGUAUCUUCACUCACACUGCCAAUUUGACUGGGUUGAGCAAGGACGUUAGCCUCCAGGUUUCAGAGGUACUACACAAGGCUGUCAUUGAGGUGGACGAGACAGGGACGACCGCAGCGGCCGCCACAACAAUCGGCAUUAUCCCAUAUUCCUUACCCAGGACCUUCAUUGUCAACCGGCCCUUUUUCUUCUUCAUAUACCACGAAGACACGAAAGCCCUGUUGUUCAUGGGCAGGAUGAUUAACCCCACUAAAAACUAGCUGUCGUGACUGACUGCAUUUUGAUUUUGCUGGAAGUGCUUUGUCACUUGUUUAUUCAGGCUUAUCUUUUUAAAUCUCACAUCAGUAUUCUACUGUUGGUCUACUCUUUGAAAGCCACACCUCUCUGUGAUCUUUAAUAAAGCUCUACAUAUUGUGCUUUA